CUUCAGAUAGAGUCAAUGUUCUGGAAAUUAUUUGUCCAUCGCCAUUACAGUUCUGUUACUUUCUUCACAAAUACUCCUCCUAAAGAAUCAGAAAUUAUCCAUCUUUGCCGGUCAGGUUUACUCUCCCAAGCUAUAAAGCUACUUAACAACACAGAAAAAAUCUCCUCAAAACCAAUAUUAUAUGCCACUUUGAUACAGAUAUGUACUAAAUCUCAUUCAUUCAAUCAUGGGGUUCAAUUUCAUACCCAUGUCAUCAAAACUGGACUCGAAACGGAUCGUUUCGUUGGGAACAGCUUACUUGCUCUCUACUUCAAAUUGGGUUUCAAUUUUCUUGAAACUAGAAGGUUCUUUGAUGGUAUGGUGUACAAGGAUGUUGUCGCUUGGUCUUCGAUGAUAACGGGGUAUGUUCGUAUUGGGAAUCCUGAGAUUUCUUUGAAAUUGUAUGGGGAAAUGAUUGAUUUGGGUUUUGAGCCAAAUGAGUUCACUUUGUCUGCUGUGAUUAAAGCUUGUUCUGAGAUUAGGAAGUUGAAAUUGGGGUGUGGAUUUCAUGGGAUUGUUAUUAGCCGUGGAUUUGAAGAGAAUAAUGUGAUUGUGAGUGCGUUAAUUGAUAUGUAUGGUAAGAAUUAUGCAUCAGGAGAUGCACUUAAGCUGUUUGAUGAAUUGCCUGAACCAGAUGCUGUUUGUUGGACUUCGGUUAUCUCAGCUCUCACGAGGAACGAAUUGCACGAGGAGGCGUUGAGGUUCUUUUAUACAAUGCAUAGGAAGAAUGGGUUGGCCCCGGAUUUGUUUACGUUUGGAAGUGUGCUGACUGCAUUGGGUAAUUCCGGUAGGUCGAGGCAAGGUAGAGAAGUUCAUGCUAAGAUUGUGACUGCUGGUCUUUGUGGGAACGUGGUUGUGGAUAGUAGUUUAGUGGAUAUGUAUGCAAAAUGUGGGGUGGUUGAUGAGUCUCGGUGUGUUUUUGACCGAAUGGAUAAGAGGAAUUCUGUUUCGUGGUGUGCGUUAAUGGGAGGCUACUGUCAAAAGGGUGAGUUUGACAUUGUUAUUGAGCUCUUUAGGACGAUGGGGGAGGUUGAUCUUUACAGCUUUGGGACUGUUCUCCGUGCCUGUGCAGGGUUGGCAGCUUUGAAGUCAGGGAAGGAAGUUCACUGUCAGUAUUUGAGGAGAGGUGGCUGGAACGAUGUUAUCGUUGAAUCAGCUCUAGUUGAUCUCUAUGCAAAAUGUGGCUUUGAUAAUUAUGCCUAUGUGAUUUUUCGCCAAAUGAAGGUUAGGAACUCGGUUACCUGGAACUCAAUGAUAUCUGGAUUUGCUCAGAAUGGAAAAGGCGCAGAAGCUGUUGCAGUAUUUGAGGAGAUGAUUAGUGAAGGGGUUAAGCCAGAUUAUAUCAGCUUUAUCGCGGUUCUUUUUGCUUGUAGUCAUAGCGGUAUGGUUGACGAAGGGCGAAAGUAUUUUCUCUCAAUGAUUAAUGAGUAUGGUAUCAAAGCUCAUAUUGAGCAUUAUAGUUGCAUGGUUGAUCUUCUAGGUCGGGUUGGAGAGGUAGAAGAAGCUGAAAGCUUGAUUCUAGGUGCGGAAUUCAGAAACGAUGCCUCCCUUUGGGCUACCCUACUUGGUGCUUGCACUAGCAGUACAAAUCCUACUGUUGCAGAGCGAAUUGCAAAGAAAAUGAUGGAACUAAAUCCUGAUUAUCAUUUGAGUUAUGUUCUUCUAGCAAAUGUGUACAGAGCAGUAGGUCGAUGGGCUGAUGCUCUUGAGAUUCGGCGGCAUAUGCAAGAAAAAAGAGUGAACAAGAUAACCGGGAAGAGCUGGAUUUAAACAAAUACUGACAGCUUCUAGCCUUUUUAGUAAAGGGCUAUAUCAGGAAACCUCUACAAAGCAACAUUCUUGCAAAUUGCUCAAGAUGACAACACCCGAUACAUAGAUGUUGGCACAUUUAUCAAUUAUGUUCCUGUCAGUGUGGCCCUUGUUUCAAGAUGCAACUUGUAUUCCUCGUUAAUAUGUAUCCUUAGACUGGGUAAGCUUGCAGUACGAGAACCAGUUGGAGUAUCUAGCAUUAUAAAUGCAUACAGGGGGAUAUAGAGACUUCAUAGCUCAAAAUGUAGGACCAAACGUGUCUUAUCUCGGUCUUUGAGGAAAGGAAGAGUUACAAGUGACACAAGUCUUUCAAAAAUAUGAGCGACCAAAUUCAGGGGUAUGUUUUCAGCUGUGACAUUAUAGAAGUAGCAUUAACGAAAUCUUUGAGAUUAUUCUCAGCUCCAGUCUUAAGAGUCCUUUGCUGCGUGUGGUAGCAAUGAUGUGGAUUACUCUUCUUGUAUGUGCAUUACACAGUGUUCAUCUGUAUACUUGCUGUCUUGCCCCAGAUUUCAGUUUCGUAAUCUUAUUUUCAUCCUUCUGAUGUA